AUGGCGUCCACUCCAGCAAGCAGCGAAGUAGAUCCCGAAGAAGAUGCCGGGGAAAUAAGAUUGGACGUGCACAACACCGGACAAGCUGCCGAAUAUCCCGACUUUGCAAUAAUCUGGUCGUUUCUGGUGAAUUUUAAACACCUUUUACACUUUCCUGACCUAACUUUGGACAAUUUGGAGGAUGGGUUUAACAACCAUUCGCCGGAAAAUGGUAAUGUUGAGAUGUUAGUGGAAUUAUAUGUGAAGCUUUUGAGACGAUUGGGGAUCUCUGUUAACGUGGAAAAAUGGGAGAAAUCUUUACUGAAGGUUGCUAAAGAACACAGCAUGGACUGUGCAUGGGAUUUGGAACAAUUUGGUUAUGAAGAACUUAAAGUUUCAUCCAAACUGGAACUUUUCAAGUUACUUCUGGAGAGUCAGUUUGAUCAGAAUGAAAAGCUCAAGAGCUCUGUAAACAAAACAUUUGAAGCCGAUGAAUUGCGAAUGCAGCCAAUUGGACGGGAUCUAGAUGGGUUUAUAUAUUGGUAUCAUGAGGAUGGUGCCAAUGGUGUGAGGCUGUACACUACAGAAGAAGAUGAAGUGAGCUGUGAAUCAUGGAGAUUGUUAGCCAGAGAGACAGAUGAACUAGCUUCUAUUGUGGAAUAUUUGGAAACCAAGUCUGUUGUGAAUCCCAAAGAAAUAGCUCUUGCAAAAAGAGAAGAGAUGAAAAAGAAAGGAGAAAUAAAGAGUCCUGGGAAAAAGAGAGGAAGAAAAAGCAAAAAGAAAGAAUCAAUACAAGAGGAGGACUAUGACGAUGACAAUCCAUGUGCAAGAUGUUUUUCAAAUGUCAGACCAGAUUCGAUUUUACUGUGCGAUAAGUGCGAUGCUGCGUACCACACCGCUUGCCUUCGUCCUCCUCUGCUGACCGUGCCCCAGGGAGACUGGUUCUGCCCUUUCUGUCAACAGUUAGCAUUGUUGGAUAUUCUAAAGGAGAAGAAGACAAGGUUAGCUGCCAGGCUAAAGUUGAGACAGAGACAAGCAAAAAGGUUGGGUUUUGCUGGUAUUGAUCUGAACAACAUCUUACAGAGAACAUCAGACGACGAAGAAGAUCUAGGAAUCAGACGGUCUGGUCGCUCGAGAAAAAACGUCGACUACACUUUUAAAGAAUUCGAGGACGAUAUCACAUCGGCCGUCGAGAACGACAAAAAGAGAUUCAAAGGAGAGGAAGUUAAUGGAGAGGAAAAACAUUUGCUGUUCUCCAAACCGGCUUACGAGUCCGGAAACCUAGAGCGGUUACAUCAGCGGAACACCCGAAGAUCUCGUCGACUGAUGGAUCUUGAUUACGAAAGCGGCUCGGAGUCUCCGACGAGCGGAUACGAGUACGAAGGCAACUCGGAUGAGGAUGUUCGGAGGAAAUCCGAGGCGCUUACUGGGCUUCGAAGGACUCGAAGGAUUAUUGAUGAAGACGAUGAUGAUAAUGAUAGCAAAGACGGAGAGGAUUCAACGAGAACCGAAGGUAAGAAAGGAAAUGAACGUGACAAUGAGGAUAGUUCAAAGGAAAAAGCUGUAACUUCAGAAUCGAAAGGAAAUCGAAAGGACGAUAAGAAGUCGGACAAUGAGCGACUAAAGACGAGUGUAAACGGAGGGGAGGCCGUAAAAACAAACGUUGCGAGCUCAGGGAGCGAAGCAGAAGCUGUUAAUAUUCCACCUGCUCACGCGCUCCAUGGCAACAAGAUCCAUCCACACUCGAGGAUUGCAUCUGUGGCGCCAGUUGCUCGUACCCAGCCUUUGGCCGACGUCAGCAAACACAGGAAUCCCUCCAGCUACCCUCCUGAAGGCAUAUUUCCUAACCCACCAAACUUUGAAAUGUUUAAGCCACAGUUCCCUACAAAACAGGCCCCAAAUUAUGUUGGCCCCAAUUUCGGAAACGUCAAUUUAGGAACGUCAACCCUCACUGGAAAUAACUUUGCAGGAAACGGCUCGGGAACCAGAAAUAUUUCUCCCAGUAAUGUACCAGGGAUGUCUCCGGGCGGGCCCUCUUUUCCAGGGGCCCAGGGAGUUGGAGCUCCAAAUAUAAGGACAAAUUUGGGUGGACCUAAUAUGUCGGGUCCCAAUCCAACGGCACCUGGUUAUUCAAGUUCAAACGUAAACUACCCUGGAACAAAUUUAAGAGGGCAGAAUAUGUCCGGGACAAAUUUCGGAGAGACUUACGCAGGUGGACUCAACAACGUAGGUACUGCUAUAGGUGCCAACUUCGGAGGGCCAAAUUUUGGUGGAAGUAACACAACAGCAAAUGGCGUCGGAGGAGGUUUUGGUGCCCUGAAAAGUCCAACGCAGAAUAUCGCGGGCUCGUUUUGGACAGGCCAGAACAACUUUAAUAACAUGUACAACUAUUCUACACCUGGAGGGACGCCAUCUCCCGUCAGUAGUCCCCCAGGUAACCAGACUUUACCGCCACCCUACCCCGCUGCGGCCAGGUUUACGAAUUCAAGUCAGUACGGUAACUAUAAUCAACAAUUUCAAGGGAAUUCUAACUUGCAGAACAAUUAUGUUGUACCACAACAGAGUGGAAAUUUCUCGGAUUCUAAGUUUUUUCCUGCUACCCCUCAACAGCCACCUCCCCCUUAUCCCUCGGGUAAUUCGCUGAAUGCAAACUUCUACGGGAAUAGAACACAGGAAGGUAACGUUACGGGAAACCAGUGGACGUAUCCCGAGGGUUACGGGUAUUAUCCCGGUCAAGGCAAUGCAGCGGGACAGAGUUUUUAAGAUCAUACCAACACCAUCUGUUUAGAGAGGUCGCAUGCAAUUGAAUUGGGGUUUCACAAUUUGAUAACAUGCCCUUGUGAGAAAUGCGAAAAUUUUAUCGUAGCAUCCAUUCAUAAUGCAGCGCGAAGGGUCUAAACCAAGGAAUAACCAAUCUAUCCAUUCAAUCCCCUUUGAAUUAAAACAUUUUAUACUGGUCCAGUUUAAAAGUCGCUAUUCAAGCAACCACAUAGGCAGGUUUACCGGUGUGAAUGGACAACUAUAGUUCUUAGCAUGUAAUUGUUUUGUUCACGUUAAGAAAACUAGAAACAGGUUUGAAGAGGGACAAUUCACCGAAAGUAAAAUGAUGGUGGCGUUAAUUUUCCUUCAAUACCCUUCGAGGAAUUUUUUGGCCAUUUGAAGAUUGCUUGUUAGCUCAUUGAGACUACCGUUUUGUUACGAACUUUUCCCUCGGACCGUGCUAUAUUUAACCUUCGAUAUGCUAGGUGUGAAGUCUUAGGCACUUUUCUGUGCAAUUAUGUCGGGGAAUGUUGGAGUUUUUGUGCGCAAAAAAGGGUUAUUGAUAAGCUUUUUACUCUGCUUGUUUCUUCGUUUCGGUGGUCGUCUUUUUUAAAGGCAGAAAUUUGAAAGUUUUGGGAAUUCCAGGGGGUUGUUGAUCAGAAUGAUAAGAAACGCAAAUACAUACGCAUCAGAAAAGUUUCAGUUUAUUUGUUGAAACGUUACAAGUUAACGUUAUUUUUCUUAUUUAAGGGGGCUGGGCUAUUUUGAUGAAUUUGUCACGCAAGGUUAUACAAAGUGACAGUUAUGGUUAGCAAAGAUAAUUUUGUCACGCAGGGCUGUGCAAGCCUGAGCGAUAAAUGAAACUGAUAUAGCUGGCCAUAGUGUAGGCAAAGUGAUCUUUUUCAAGUGUUUUUACAUGCCAAAAUAUGUAUCAUAUCUCCCAUUUUUAUCCAUUUAAAACAAUCGGAAAACCAUUAUAUUCUUUCCCUUAAGCAUGGGUUUUGUUGGAAAUGGCUUCACCAAGCGCCUUCGAUUAUUAAUUUUCUGAAAAUAUAUUAUUUUUGCUUAAGAUUCCAUCUUGCUUAACAGCUGAGGAAAAGAAAUUAGCUCAGUGAACAUUAGGCCACGUUAACAGAGUAGUUCUAUCAAAAGCCUCUGCGGCCAUUGUUUAAACACGUCACGCAAUGCCUUCUCAGCGAGAAAUCGCUUUGCGUGACAAACCAAACAUCGGUUGCGAAGCAUGCAGGACCAUGAUAUCAAUAAAUGCAGUCAAAAUGAUCAAAAUAUAUAAAAAUGUUUUAAAAUAUAUCUUCAGUUAGCCAAUGAGAGCCAUCGUAAGCGCUCGUUAUAUAUUAAUCGCUUAUUAAUAUCAUAAUUUACCCAUUUAUUAGUAUCAUUUUAUAGCCGAGUUAGAACGAUAUCAGUGUCUAAGCAACUUCGCACCUAUUCCUCCCUUAACCUAAUAUCAACCCUUACUUGUUAUCAGUCGACUGUUGUUUUUUAGGAGGGGUAGGUAUGCAGUUGUUCAGAUACUGACAUUAAUCCGCUGGUUUUAUUGUCACGUCACGAUUUGUCUCUCUCCGAAAAACUAAACUAACUUUAAGGUUAGCUUUUACGUUUUAAGUUCAUCUGAAAUCCAUUUUAAUCUUUUUAAUCAUUGGUUAUCCUUGCUCCUUCCUCGUUCAUCAUUGCUUACUUUGUGUUUUUCUAUCUCAUUGUACAGUUAUGUGGUCUCUUUUUCAAGGUGAUGAUGGUUUUGCAAAACUAAUAAUCCUUACUUAACAUC